AUGUUUGAGUUGGAGAAGCGUUACAAGGGCACAGAGAAAGAAGCUAUCAAUUGGCAACUCCUCAAAGCAUCACAUUACCAAGUACUAGUCAUGUACGGUUUACAAGCAGAAACAGACAAAUUGAUCAAGGCUCAGACAAAAUCAGAUGGGAGCAGUGGACACUUAUCUGACAUCUCAGAGAAGAUAUUUCAUGAGCUCACCGAAGACAUGAUCAGACAGGCAACAAUACUACAAGUUAAUCGCAAACGUGAAAACAAAAGAGCGAGAAAUGCAACUGUUCCUGAACCGCGAGCCACUCGCCCAAGACUGGAUAUACCUCCAGGGGGUCCACCCAGAGGGGAGGGUCUACCAAGAGGAGGAGGCCUACCAAGAGGUGGAGGUCCACAAGGAGGACAGGGCAGAGGUCGUCCCAUGGGACAGGCCACUGAAACCCCAGCACCGCGAGGACCACGACCUUGCCCACACUGUGGUAUAAACCCUUCACCACAUGCGUUCAGCAUGUGCUCCAACAAAGCGAACAAUAACCGUCUAAAGGCAGAAGCUCGAGAAGCGCAACAGAAUCAAACAGUUCAUGUUGACCAGUUGGCCAUUACAAAUGGCAAUAAGGUGCAAGAGAUGGAUGAAGAUUUAUGA